AUGAGUGAAAAAAGGAGGUUGCGUGGGGCUGGCCCUUUCCAUUGCUCAUUUCCUGACUGUGGAAAAUCGUUCUCGAGGUCUGAUCACUUAACUCGCCACAAAGCUAACCACACAUCGAACAAGAUAAAAUGCGAUUGGCUGGGAUGUGGUAAAUUGUUUACAAGGCUAGACGUCAAGAGGAAGCAUGAAAGCAGGCAUAUCAAAGUGAACGGCGAAAACUAUACCAAACCAGAAAAUAUUCUCGGUACGAACGGAGUCAGCUUAAAAUCGCAUUGCAAAACUUCAAAUACGAUAGGUCACAAAACACCGUCUACAUCGUCUAAUGAAAAUGCAAUUGCUGAUGGUUCGGAGCAAAGGCGCCCUUCCAAAUCAAUGAAAUCAGCAGAACCGGCCUCACAAAGAUUGCCUGGACCCAUACUUGUUGAUUUUUACACUAAUGAAAAAGAUCAGGCAAAUAAAGUUUCCGUGAGUACGGAAGCUAAUCACAACGAUCUUACCCAGGCUCCUCAAUUUCUCCAGGAAGAACCUUUUACACGAGAGUUAAACUGGGAGGCUACGGAUAUUUCCUCGGAGAAUAAAAGAUCAAAUUCCGAGUUCAAUCUUCCCCCGCAGUCUUUUCAAUGGCUACUCAGCGAUCCCGUCAACUUGUCACCGCCCUGUGGAAGAUUUUCGAACCAACCCGAAAACGGCGCCUUUCACGUUUCCUAUGACGAUCUUUUGGGCCCUUCAACAUUGACUAUGCUGCAAGAGAUUUUCGCCGUAAGUCCCGACUUUCCUAGUGCCGACGACCAAACAAAAAUGGACGAAGGUUUACUUCUAAUGAUGGCGAAACAUAUUCCAGCGCUGAGGGGUCACCCAGACUUUGAGGCGAAGAAGUUUGAAGGAUUCCUAGAGAUCUACUGGCUUCUCUAUCAUAGUCAAUACCCUAUUCUUCAUAGACCUUCCUUCUGCACCCACGAUGCUGAGGUAGUGCUACUUCUUAGUAUGAUCAUGAUAGGCGCCUCAUUUUCCAAAAAAACUUUGGUGGACGACCAUCUCGCACUAAUAGAUCCAGACGGUUUGGCUGAAUUGAUAGCCGAUCCACUGAGGUGGUUAAUAUUUGCUCACGAGCAAGCCAAGCCACCCUGCAAAUCGUGGGUUAUUCAGAGCUUGAUAAUGUUAGAAACAUUCGAAAUUACAAGCACUUCUAGGUAUCUUCACGAAAGAGCUUGUAUCUAUAACGGAGCUAAAGUCCAGCUUCUGAGGAGAAGCCCUAUCCUAGGGGGGGAUCCACUAAAAGAGAUUGGUGCUGACGUUAGCCGAUCAAAAAAAUUGUGGAGUACUUGGAUUGAGAGUGAAUCAAUGAAGAGAGUAGCAUUAAUGUCUUUCUAUAUUGACAGUAUUCAUGCUAUUGUUUAUGGUCAUCCUUUAAACCUCUUUGCCAAUCAAAUAAAACUUUCUCUGCCAUGUCCUGAUGACCUUUGGGAAUACAGCGAUGUUGACAGACGCAGUGCGCCUCUCUCAGUUGCCAAAUCGCUGCUUUUUGGUGAAGCGCUACAAAAACUGUUGCAGAAAGAGGAAAUCGAAGUUGGCCCAUUCAGCGGGCAAAUAUUGUUAGCUGGCCUAAUUAAUUUGAUGCUUCAAAUCGAGCAAAACGUAUCCCAAUGGUCAAAUUUCGGAUGGAACAACAUACAGGAAAAUUGGAGAGGUACAAUCUCAUCUGCAUUAGAAUUUUGGAGAGCUGAAUUGCCUUCCCAAGAUUGCUGUCUAACGACUUCCAGCGUCUACUCCAAAGCGCCCGACUCUUCCCAUUCUUCCCUUCCGUCUUCCCUAAAACUUACUGACACACGCUGCAGCUGCCCAGUUUAUCAUGCAGCUCACAUUUAUUUGAAAAUAGCGCAUUACGACUACAUCGUUUAUGCAGGAGCCCCCAAAAGAAUGAAUGUUCCCAUUUUGGAAGAAGACUACGAAGUUGUUGUAAAAAGGAUAGGCAAAUGGGCAAAAUCUCCGGCAGGUCCGCUGUGCGCUAUAAACUCAUUGAUAUUGCUUUGCGAAAUUUUGCUAUCGCCAGAGGAUUCCAUGCAAGCUGCCAGUUACAUUUACGAGCCUAAUAAAGACCCAUUCAUAUACCGGCCCAAUAUUGUCAUUUCUGCAAUCCUUUCACUAUGGGCUUAUGCGUUUUAUUCUUUCGGCCCCGAAUCUCUAUUCAAGUCUGCAUCAUCUAAAUUCAAAAUUUUCGAAGACUGUACUCCAGCAAUGGAAGACGGCUCGACCUAUCUUGGCCGGAUUCGGAAUGAGUUUAAAAUGUUGACGGGGGCUUCUUUUGCACAACUGAAGCAUAUGAAUACGAAGGAUCACUCAGCUACAAUACAGAAGUAUUACAGGGCAUUUCCGAAAUUAAAGAAAGUAAACUACUUGGUUGGGUUGUUAAUUUCAUUAAGAAAUGGCUACAUGAAGUGUAAGUGGGAAGUUGGGCGAGAAUACGCUAAUUUGCUGAAUAACUGCAUCGAACGCAGUUUAGGAAGUGAAAUAAUCUUUUGUCGUAAUAUGUACGAAGUUAAUAAUUAA